CGCGGCUUCCGUAGUAGUGGAGCGGAGUGACGCAGAAGCGCUGUACAGCUAGAUCAUUUCGACAGUCAAGAUGGCGACAUCGGAGCCGAAAGCAGCUGAAACUGAAGAUCAACAGACUGACGGACAGGUUGUUGCAAAUCCUGAGCAGUAUAUUAAACAUCCUUUGCAAAACAGAUGGGCCUUGUGGUAUUUUAAAAAUGACAAAAGCAAAAGCUGGACAGAGAACUUGCGUUUAAUUUCCAAGUUUGACACAGUGGAAGACUUUUGGGCGUUAUACAACCACAUACAGCAGCCAAGCAAGCUUGGUUAUGGCUGUGAUUAUUCCUUAUUUAAGGAUGGGAUCAAACCAAUGUGGGAAGAUGAAAGAAACAAGCUGGGGGGUCGAUGGUUGAUAACCCUCAACAAACAACAGAGACACAACGAUCUUGAUCGCUUCUGGAUGGAAACACUCCUGUGUUUAGUUGGCGAGUCUUUUGACGAGGCAAGUGAAGACGUGUGUGGAGCUGUGGUCAAUGUCAGACCUAAAGGUGACAAAAUCUCCAUCUGGACGAGCAACUGCCAAAACAGGGAAGCCAUCAUGACGAUAGGUCAACUUUACAAGGAUCGUCUGAGCAUCUCCAUGAAAGCCGUGAUCGGCUACCAGUCGCACGACGACACGUCCAGUAAGAGUGGAUCCACCACCAAGAACAUGUACUCCGUUUGAAAAACUUUCCCCUCAUUUCACCUCGCUGUAGAUUUAAACAAUUACCAACCUGCAUCACAUUAACAUUUACGUUGUCGACUAUUAUAGUGUCCUUUCCUUUUAUUGCAAAGAGAGUUGUUAAUAGCGUGUACAAUUGAAGCUUCCCUCCAUGUAACUGGAGCGAUUUGAGCUGAGGCUUGGGCUCGAGCUGAUGUCUUUAAUGAGCAAGAGAACAUAAAUAAUUUUCUUUUAGAGUUGAAGAUCUGUGAGUAAUAUCAGUGACCCUCUUAGCUUAGCAGAGAACAAGCUUCUUUUUUUAGUACUAAUUAUAUUGACCGAUUUGGGAAAAAACCUUAACUAUAAGGCCUUUUGUUUUUCCUCAUGCUGAGUUCUCACUCCGUUUAAAAAAAAAGUGUUUGUCACCUCACAGAAUAAGAAGAUCGUAGGUAACUUAUCCUUACACAGAACACGUUUUAAGGGCAGUUUUAACUUGAUUUAUUUAGAAGUGUUAAGCAUGAGGCAGGCUUUGAAAUGCUCCAGUUUGAGGAAUAUGCAGUAUCUUUUAAGUUUGUAAAAGCUGUGGUCACACUCCAAAGUAUAACGUUUGGAUUAUAAGACCACUCUUUUUUUUUUUUCCUUUUUUUCUUUCAGCCAUGCUGGAAUUGUGGGAUAUUGCUUGUAGUACUAUUUGAACCUUUUUUCCACUUACAUUUUAUUUAUAAUGUAUGCAUUGAAAGGAAAACUUUUUUUUUAGUUGAAGUUAAUAAUGUGGACUACUGCAUAUAGAUGACAUUUUUACAGUGUACCAUACAGUUAAGAUGCUGACAGAAAGAUGUGCUUUUCACUGUUUUCUUCCUAACAGAAACUGUAGAUAAUGUCGCACUCCUCUUGUUUGAUGCGGGGAAAAAAGAUGAUAUUCAUUGUGAAAUGAUUUUGCUCUUAAUGUAUCUUUAUUAUCUGUUAUUCCAGGAUGUAUAUUACCUUCUUUCAAGUAAAAGUUAAGUGCUUUGCAUUAAA